AGAUAUCUGCCCAAUCCCAAAACACCGCUCAAAAGGAAAAAACAAGAUCAUUUGCAGGAUAUUCUCACAGGAUGCGUAGAGGAGCAGAAGAAGAGCAGAUGCAGGAGGAGAGGAGAGCAGGAGCAGCGCAGCACUGAGCAUCAUGGGGACGUGUCUCUGGAUACUGAUGCUCAUGGUGUCGCAGGUCUCACCGUACAGACGUCCAGAUGAAGAUUCGCCCUGUCGAGUGCACCAGGAUGAUGUGGACUGCAGCAGUCUGAGUCUGAGACGGGUCCCGGCACUGCCGCCCUCCAGUAUCCGCCUGCUAGAUCUGUCUCAAAACCUUCUGCAGAACCUGACCCUCCAGGAUCUGCCGUCCCGCUCCGCCAUCCGCCGUCUGGACCUGCACCGCAACCAGAUCCAGUUCCUGCAGCCGGGGCUCUUUCAAAAACUGCUGCACCUGGAGGAUCUGGACCUGUCGGGGAACGCGCUGGACCUGUACGCCGCCCUGCACACACCCCUCGGCCUGCUGCCUGCGCUGCGCCGCCUGGAUCUGUCUGCUAACGGGCUCUUCACUGAUAUGAGCGAUUAUUUCCUGAGCGAUGCCCCGGCUCUCACCAACCUCUCCUUAGAUGGAAACAGCAUCACCAAAAUCAGCAGAACCACAUUCAACGGCUCGCGGGCCCUCAGGAACAUUGACCUUCACAAUAACGUGAUUAUAGAGAUCGAGGAAGGUGCUUUUGAGUUCCUGACGGAGCUCUCUGAGCUGGAUCUGUCCGUCAACUCUAUUUCCUGCAUCACAGACUUCAACCUCGUUCAGCUCCGAACACUAAACUUAAGCAGAAACAGCUUGACUAACUUCCAGAGCGUGGACAUGGAGGACGAGUUCCAGCUUCAGCAUCUGGACCUCAGGGAAAAUAAGCUGCUCUACUUCCCCGUCCUGCCCCAGAGGAACAGACUGAUGUACCUGGAUCUGUCUAGAAACCUGCUAAGGAGCGUGAACUGCUCAGGUCCGCUGGAGGAGCUGGAGAGCCUGCGGGAGAACGGGCAUCUGCUUACGGAUCACGAUAAACCGCUGAGUCUGUGUGCCAAUGAGCGGCAGCAGGAGCUCCGCAGGCUGCUGUACCUGGACCUGAGCUUCAACCAGCUGAAAACGCUCUCGUCCUCAUUCUUCAGCAGUAUGGCUGCUCUGGAGAGCCUGAACAUCAGCAAUAACUGCCUGCAGAGCUUCAGCGUGGACUCUCUGCGCUCCCUGAAGACUCUGGACCUCAGCUUUAAUAACCUCCAGAACCUGUCCUUCAGCGGGAGCGCUCUGCCGGCGCUGGAGGUGCUGCUCCUGCAGGGAAAUGCUCUCCAUCUGUUAGACGCUCAUAUAUUCUCCAGCCUCCCCAGCAUACGCAGCCUCCACCUCCAGCAGAAUCUCCUCAGCAUCUGUGCAAACCCGCAGAUCUCCAGUGGAUGCGUGCACCUCUCCGAUAUCCCAUCCCUCACCUACCUGUACCUUUCAGAGAAUUCCUUAUCAUCAAUCCCCGAGGGUGCAUUUACAGGAUCUUCACUCCUCAUCCUGGAUUUAUCUCUGAACCCUGGUGUUGAUAUUACUGCUGAGUCUCUGUCAGGUGUGGAGAUGUCUCUAACUCAUCUCUCUCUGAGAGGAAACCAGCUGCAUGAGCUCAGCAUUGACUUCAGCGCCUUCCAGAAGCUGAGAUCUCUGGAUCUGUCGGUGAACCGUCUGUCGGGAGUGUCUCUGUGGAGCGAGGACUCAUCAGUGGAGAUCCUGAACCUCCAGAAUAACCGUGUGGAGACGCUGGGGUCUGCAGUGCUGCAGGGGAGGCUCAGGACGCUGUAUGUGGGCUGGAACCCGCUGAGCUGCUGCAGGAACUCGCAGCUCCUGGAUCUGCUGGAGCAGGAGCGUCUGCACGUGCCGGACCUCGCCGCUGCCACCUGCUGGUACAGUGGAGACGUGGAGCGUGUGGAGGUCAGUGUGAACGCGGCGCUGCCCGAGCUCUGCUCGUCUGCGGACUCCAGAGUGCUGUGGGUCAGCCUGAUGGUGGCGCUGGCGCUGGGGCUGGCGCUGGUGCUGACCGUCAGCCUGAAGCUCUGCCACAGCAGAAAACACAGGUUCAAGAGAGGCUUUAAAGCUUGAGCUGAAAGAAGGAAAUAAACUCGCUCUCACCUGACUGUGGGUUUCAGUGUGUGAUGCUCGGAGCGGAUCUGGAAACACACGUCACACCGCACACACACACACACACACACACACACACACACCAGUGCUGGGGGAAGGUGUAUAUCACAAUGUUAAAGUCACUUACUUUAAUGAUAGGGCGUCACAGUGGCGCAGUGGGUAGCACGAUCGCCUCACAGCAAGAAGGUCACUGGUUUGAAUCUAGACUAGGUCAGUCGUGUUUCUGUGUGGAGUUUGCAUGUUCUCCCGUGUUGGCGUGGGUUUCCUCCGGGUGCUCCGGUUUCCCCCACAGUCCAAACACAUGCGCUAUAGGGGAACUGAUGAACUAAAUUGUCCGUAGUUUAUUAGUGUGUGUGUGAAUGUGUGUGUAUGGGUGCUUCCCAGUGUUGGGUUGCCGUUGGCAAUAGUUGGUGGUUCAUUCCACUGUGGCGACUGAUUAGUUAAGGGAGUAAGCCGAAAGAAAAUUUAACGAUGAACAUCCAAAUUUCUUCGAAUGACGAGUACUAAAGGAGAUCUGCAGUCAACCAUUUAUUAAAUGAGCAACAGGAGAAAAGCUUGACGAACGUCUCUGCUUUGAGUCCUCGUCAGGGUGAUGAAUCUUUAACUCUUGCUGCUGAAUAUUCCCUCAUUAUUUACUCUCCGUCAAGUUUCUUUCUUCUGUUGAACACCACAGCAGAUAUUAUGAAGAAAACCUGUAACCAUUGACUUCAAUAGUAAGAAAAGCAAACACUUUGGAAGUCAAUAGUUACAGGUUUGCAACAUUCUUCAAAAUAUCUUCUUUUGUGUUCAUAUAAAAAGGAAAGAAACUCAUGAUGGUCUGGAAACAAGUCAAGGUUGAGUAAAUGUUGACAGAAUGUUCAGUUUAGGGUGUACUGUGCCUUUAAGAUUGUAAUAUAUGACUUUUGUACCCCACACUGAUGAACACACACACACAUGCACACACACACUCUCCAUGACACACUACGCUUUCUGAUGCACUUUACUGAACAGACGCACCUGAGAAUGAAUGUUCCUGACGCGAGACUCACUGGACAGACGGACGGACGGGCACGUGAUUGUAGCGCUGUGUGUGUGUGUGAGUGUGUGUGUGUGUGUGUGUUGGCUGAAGGAAUUUAGUGGGGCACAGGAAGUGUUUUUACUGGAGCACCUGCAGCUCAGAAACUCUUUCCUGUUGUUGAGCUCAGUUUCCUGAAGGCUGCGAUCCGUUCGUCCGCUGCUGAGGACUUACUCACACACGCUCCUUCACUUACACACAACUGUGCUCGACUGCUGGUCAGAGUUAGAUAUACAGUAUAUAUACAGUAUACACACACAUACAUUUAUACAAACAAAUACACACACACACACAUACACACACACACACACACACACACACACACACACACACACACACACACACACACACACACACACACACACACACACAUACAUUUAUACAAACAAAAACACACACAAAUACCCAUGCACACACAGACAUACACACACACAUACAUGUACACACACAUAAAUACACACACACACAAACACAUACAUACAUACAUACAUACAUGGAUACAUGAACACACACAUACAAACAUAAAUAAACACACAAACACAAUCACACAGACACACACAUACAUAAACACAUGCACACACAUACAUACAUAUACACACAUACAUAAACAAACACACAAAUACAUACAGAAACACACAAAAACACACACAUCCAUACAAACAUGAACACAAACACAGAAACAUACACACAAACACACAUGGGUUAUGCUGUGUGUUUGGUUAGUCAGUCAGUAAGGUGUUUUAUUAGUAUAUUUCCAGCUGCAUGACCCUGUGUGUGUGUGUGUGUGUGUGCGUGUGCGUGUGUCUAAAUGAGGCAGAUAGAGAUAAAGAUAGCUGAGGAAACACACAUCAGCAUCACAGAUAUUAAUAGCGCUUUUAGUUUCAGCAGUGUUGACGCACUGAUGAAAGGAGUUCCUCCUGUGAGCCACGCACACACACACACACACACAUGACUGAAGCGGGAGGAGCUGUAGUGCGCACACUCACAUACACACAAACACAUGACUGAAGUGGAAGGAGUUGUAGCACACACACACACAUACACACACAUGACUGAAGCGGGAGGAUUUGUAGUGCACAAACACACACACACACACACACACACACACACACUAAAACGCACACACAUUAAAACACUCACAUGCACUCAUAAAUCACAUGUAAGCAACAACCGUAUAAACACACACAAUAAAACACGUGCACACUAAAACACACAGAGAAAAUACAAACACACACACACACUAAAACAUACAGACAAACAUGCCCUCAUAAACACAUACAGAAACAACAAACACACACACACACACACACACACACACACAUACUAAAACAUACAGACAAACAUGCCCUCAUAAACACAUACAGAAACAACAAACACACACACACACAUACACACGCACACACACACACACACACACACACACACACACACAUACUAAAACAUACAGACAAACAUGCCCUCAUAAACACAUACAGAAACAACAAACACACACACACACACACACAAACACACACUCAAAAGCACACUAAAAUACACACAGACACACACAAACCCACACACUAACAUACAGAAACACACACAGAUACACUAAAACACACAUAAACAUGCACAAAUAAACAGACAAACACACGCUCAGACGCUCUAAAACACACACACACACACACACGUCACGCAUCAGCAGGCACUAUACUACAUGAAGGAACUGUUACCACAUUAUUUGUAUGAUGAACCACAGUGUAAAUCUAUUUAUGAGAUGUAUUUUCCUAAAUAAAAUUAUUGUGUUACGA